AUGCGGGAGCGCGCAUCAGCGCUCACCGCCUGGCCAUUCACACUGGCCAAGUUUGAGCUCAGAGUAGCUCAAAAUGACAAACCUACUCCCCGGUUGGCUGAUGUUGCCUGUUCUUGUUACAGACACGCCAUAUUUGCCAGCAACACCUCAUCAUUGCCAAUAACUGAUAUAGCCAAUUCCACUACCAGACAGGACCGGUUUGGAGGACUGCACUUCUUUAACCCAGUUCCUAUGAUGAAGCUUGUAGAGAUUAUUAAGACACCGAUGACAAGCCAGACAACUUUUGACUCUCUCACGGAUUUCAGUAAAGCACUUGGAAAAAUUCCUGUGUCAUGUAAGGACACUCCUGGGUUCAUUGUUAACCGUCUACUGGUGCCCUACUUAAUGGAAUCAGUCCGGCUGUAUGAGCGAGGUACGUUGCUGUAUUACUGCAUGGAAGUCGGCCCAAUAUGUGUCUACAUCCGUGUGCUGCUGGGUAGAUUUUCUAUUACAAAUGUAAAAAUAUUUCUCUAAACUGGUGUCUGAUAG